AUGGCUUCCUCUUCUGCAGAUUCAUCAAGGACAGGAGCUGAGAGAAAACGCCAAAACAUCCGCCACCGUCAUGAUGAUGAUUCUUGGGCGUCUGAGCUCCGCGGUGACCUUCUGGAGGAGAUCUUCACCCGCCUGCCGAUAAAGCAGUGCGUUCAAAUUGGGCUGGUAGCGAAGGAGUUCAGGUACACGUGGCGGAAAUGCCGGAAUCUCGACUUCGGGAGAGAGUUCGUGGCGGCCUAUUCCCGCCACCAGUUGGCUUACAGCGACGUCGUGGACCAUGUCUUCGAUAGCCACAACGGGCGGGAAAAUCUCAAAACCCUACGGUUGUGUUUCGACCCUAUGGGGGCUGAGUCUCUGCUUGAGAAGUGGGUCCGCAAAUCAUUCGAGUUAGGGGUGGAGGAGCUCGAUCUCGACAUAUUUCAGGCGCCGGUACCGUUCCCGACCAAUGUUGAAAACGCAAAGCUAAAGGAGCUCAGGCUGAACUACGCAAUGAUCCAGCUGCCGUUUUCUCUGAAGGCUCCGAUGUCUCUGACCACAUUGGUGCUGAGGGAAGUCGAUCUAAAUGACCGAAUAGUCGAGGCUGUGUUUGCUACCUGUCCCCAGCUCGAGACCUUCGACAUGUCCAGCUGCUAUGGAGUGAGAAAUAUGAGGGUGAUGGCUAAUGAGAACAACAUGUUCAAGGUGUUGAAGGUGGGAGGGUGCCCGGAGAUAUCAAACAUCGAGAUUCAUGCCCGGAGCCUUCGGCGUCUCUACUUCAACGGGGCAGUGAAACGAAUGAAUAUAGUUGAGCCUAUGUUCUUGUUGAACGAGGCCAAUUUGAGUUUCCUGCCCUCAACGGAGUACACCAGCCCUUGGCUUGUUGAAAAGCUUGUUGCUGCCAUCUCCGUCAAUGUGAGAGUACUCACAAUAACUAGUACAUUUCUUGAGGGCUUGGCUGCCAAGAUGCGGCAAGGCUCUAUUCGAGAGAGCCAGUUUUGCUUCUCGAACUUGAGGGAGCUCCAAAUAGUCAUGCAAGAUCGGAGCUUCACUAAUGCCGGAGACGUUGCUGCUUUCAUAAAAAAUUGUCCACGGCUGGAGAAUUUGUUUAUUGAGAUGAAUGGAAAUACUACUGAAAGCGCAGUUUACUCCGACAUGCUGAAGAAGCCAACAAUAGAUCACUAUAUGAGCUUCCUCAACGCCCUCAAAUUUGUGAAAAUAAGAGGGUUUAAGGUCACAAAUAAGCAGCACGAAAGGUUAGUUAAGUUCAUCCUGCAAAGGGCGAGGGAUUUGCAGCGACUGGUCCUCCUUAGGCCAAAGAAAAACUACCGAUCGUGCCGCGCUGUGCCUUAUCUUGCUCCCAGUGAGGAGAUCAGCUACACCAACAUCCUUGCAAGCUGGAAACUGUCGCUGAGGGCUGAAAUUGUGUUAUGCGACCAGAUGGAGGAUGUGUACAGUCACCCACAACAUGCAACGAAAUGGUUCUAUUCGAGAAGAUAA